UUCUAUCUUUAAUGUGUAAUUAAUAUUGAUUAGUCUGAAAUUUUUCAUUGAUCAUUACUGAUUGAUUAUCUUUACUCUAUAUCUCUCCGACCCUCUACCGAGAUCAAGGAUCGCUGUCAAUCUCCUUCGAUUCAACGACCCAAAACCCGAUUCUAAAGGGAAUAACCAUAUCUACAGUUGUCCUGUUUUGGUGCUGUAAUGCUCUAAAUAAUUACUGGCAAAUCUGCUUGAAUUGUUGUUUGCUACCUGAAAAUGUCCUAUGAUGAAGCUCUGAAAGCUGUUUUUCCUUUGCUGGAUGGUAUCGACCUCGCCUCUUGUAUGGCAGUGUGCAAACAGUGGAGAGAUGCAGCACGGGAUGAUUACUUUUGGAAAUGCCUAUGUGCCAAGAGAUGGCCUUCAGUUUGCAAGAGGCCUAAUCCUCCAACUGUAACCUACUACAAGCUGUAUCAAAUGUUUUAUAAACGACAGCGCCAUCAAACACUACUUCCCCCGAGACUUUCUUUUGAAGAUUUGGAAUUUUUCAUUGAUAUCUGGAGUGAAGAAAAAUUGAUCUUCUCAGAAGUCAUCCCAGGACCUGUUUUGCUGACUGGAAUCAAAGUCCCACCGCCAGGAAUAUGCGACAUACUCAGGUUUCACCUUGAAGGUCCUGAUUAUAAGAUGACGCUACCUGUUGAGUCACAGGUUAAAAUUCCGAUGAGCCAGACUGGGAGUGUUUCAGUCCUUGUGGGGCGCAAAGAUAGUAACAAGGUUGCUCGCAUAAUCAAUAGAUCUACGUUUGAUUAUAUAGACCGGUCAGCCUAUAGGGCUAUGGCAUUUGAGUACCUUUAUUUCUCCCCAGCUCACCCCUUCAUCCCAGGUAUUCGAGCAUGGAUUUCUUUGCUCUUCAUGGAAGAUGACAAUGAAGGUGCAAUCAAUGUUUUUGGGAUUGAAAUAGAUUUCCGUGAUGCUGCAAACUCGAUGGAGGAGGUUUUGUGGCUACUAGACAUGCUUGAUUGGAAGUGAAUUGUGGAUCUAACAGAUGACCAGCUGAUAAGCAAGGCACGGAGUUCAAUUGAGUGCAUAGUAUUCAUGCUGGAUUCUAUGUUAUUCCGCCCUGCAUGGCAACUGCCUGUUGAGAACAGUUAAAAGGUCCAUCCUCGGUACAGUUUCCGACUUUAAAUGUAUUAUUUAGUUACAUGUUCAAAGAUUGUAAAUAAUUUUCUUAUUUGUUAUUCAUCAUUCAUAUGGACAUCUAUUAUGUUAUAUUUGGCCUAUUCGGAAUGUGAUCCCUGAAGCAUCAGGCUGACCCAGUUCCAAAUUAUGUAAUAAUAUAUUUGCCUUUUAUAAUAAUGGUUAUUCAACUA